GCUGUGCAGCUCUUUGGGAAUCGUAUCGGCCUGUUGCACAAUUUACAGUCUCUGGCAAAGACGUGGUGAAUUUUGUUCUGAACACUUCAUAUCUGACAUCUGAGGUGUACAUCCACUGUAGUGUGGUCAUCACUGACCAGGGUGUCACCUCAGGAUCCAAGUCUUGCAACUACAACAUGAUCUGGUCCAGAUGGGAGGAGCUAAAUGGAAAUGUAGACGUGUGUGACUGUUGCAGUUCAUGGUGCAAAGGCCCUUCAUUCACAAACGUGCCUCAUGGUUGGUACCUUACUGUUGCAUUAUCAGUGAUCUCUAUUCUGCUCCUUCAGCUCAGACUUUCAUUUCAGAUGCCAGAGCUACAGUCAGCUCAGGCCUGCUGGUGAUUCUGGAGAACCAAGGCACAGUGAGACCUUCUCCUUCAGUCUUUAAACUAGGAGAUUCCUCCACAGUCCCUGUGAUGGACUUGAUGCAGUCUGAUGCUCAGGUGGCUGAGAGUCGAUCUGGCUCAGGACACCUGCUUGACCAGAUAAUCUCUGGUGCGUCUGUCUGGAGUCGCAACAGCCCAGAUUCCCCAGGAUCCUUCACCCCAAAGGGUGUCAUAGCUGUGAGACAGGAUCCAAAUAAAAGACUGACUGUGUGGUUGCCUGGACAGCAGGUCCAAGCUGCAGACGCUGAACAGGGAAAUGAGAUUCUCUCUGAAGCUGAAGGUGAUCUCAUCAUGGAGCUCCAUCCAAACAACUCGCUGUCAAAUGAUACGGCGCUGCAGCCUCCCGGUGCUGAUCCAGUCUCCGUUUGGAGUACGCUCACGAACAAAAUUCCAGGUGAUGCAUCAGUGUCGGGUCUUGGUCUUCUGAUGGUUGAUGGCUGGACAACACCUCAGGAACAAAUGCCAGGUACAGAGAUCAGAGGUCAACAUGACGCUCGCGCACAGCGGGUGAAUCUUCAGCUCCUUGAUGGUUGGCAAAUUCCUCCACAUCACGGUUACAUGGACAAGGAAGCAGAUUCUUCAGUGGAAAAAUGGAUUGAAGAACCCAACAUCUUCACCACAGAAGUAUCCAACAAUUUCCCAGCUGAGAACCUUCUGGACAGUUUGGCUCUUCAACGUGGAGAACAUCUGAAUGGGACACCAAGACAUUCAGUUAAACAAGAGGAAGCAGACCUCCAGCCAAUGAUCCGUUCAAAAAUCAAGUUUUCCAAAGGUGCUGAUGGGUCGCAAUCCUUGAGUUACGAGGUAGUGGUGAAGCAGGACGAAGGAAAAGGCUCCACUGGUAAAUGUGGCUUGAAGGGAGUGAAGAGCAAUGGUCCCAAACUGAAGGGCUUAGUCUCAUUCUUUAUGGACUUAUUGAGGUAA